GCAACUUUCACGUGACGUAUGCAUUGUUCUAUUUGUGUUGUGUUCUUAAUCUCAGUUUUCCAUAACAUACAUGAUCAAAAAGGUUGCGAUGUAGUUUGCAACAAAAAUAAUCGAUAUCGGACAUUGAAAAACACCCUGUAUAGACUUGUUGCGAUGUGUAAGUGCCGCCGGUUUUAACUAGUGCGAGUGAUUCUUCGUCGCGAAAGACCAAAGUCUUGUUAUGUGAUAUUAUCGCAAGUUGGUACGUUCUGUAUUUUGAUCUUCUAUUGUGUGUGCUGAUUUUGACAAAAUGAGAAUGGUGGCCCAUAAUGGGUGGUCAUGUUUGGCGGUCGGAACAACAAGUGCCACACCACCACCGUCAGAACCAUGCAACUGUUCCAUGAGCUGAAGCAACGUUUCCCCACCAUUCCCGACCACGUGGUCACCGCCUGCAUCGCCUCCCACCUAGCCUCAGAUCGCGUAGAAAGACACGCCCUUGAAGAUCUUCUACUUAACGCCGCCCUUAAGUACACCGCCACCAAGCCGCCCUGCCGUAAGCCGAUGGGACGCCCCUUUUCGCUGGCGGUACACAAGGACAACGCCAAACCACUGCUGCAGGAAUCGUCCUGUCCAGACUCGGAAAAUACACUACAUCACAACGAAGAUAAAAUUGAUCCAGCAAAAAAUUGGGAACCAGCAGCAGAAUAUUCUUUCGAACGAAGAACAUCUGACGAUAUGAACGAGUGCUCCGAUGCGAACCCACGAACAGUUGAACAAGACGCGCCAACGAAGGAUGAAAAUCCAACAUCACCAAAACCAGCGAUUCGACCAAACCACCUGGACAUCAAAUCCGACACCUUGGCCAGCUUCAAGAACGCGGACGACGCCAAAAAGUUCACGAUCCAGCCCUCCGAAAAAUGCAAAGACGUUCACAAACUUCUAAACUCGACCGUAUGUGAUAAACCCCCGCGGUCACCGCUAAGCGCUAAUAAACGAUUCGCGGCUAAAAGUUCCCCGACUAAAAGUUCCCCGACUAAAAGUUCCCCGACUAAAAGUUUGGCGAGUGCGCGAGUGUUUCCCAAUGAUAGAGUGAGAGACGAAACGCAAACAUCACACGAAGUGAAAAGUUCCUCGACUGAAAGUUCCCUGGCUAAAAGUUCCCCGACUAAAGGUUUGCCUAGUGCGCGAGUGAAAGAUGAAACACAUGCGGCACAAGUACCUAAAAGUUCCCCGACUGAAAGUGCCCCGGAGAAGCGCUUAGUGAAUACGGAUGAUAAAAGUUCCUUGACUAAUGCGCGAGUAAUUUCUGAUGAAGUGCAGGAAGGUUGUGCGAAAGCUAGGAGUUCCCCGGCAAAGAGUUCCCCGACUAAAGAUAUAGCGACUGAGGAGGAUAGUGCGAAAAAGGAGGUGAGAAAAGAGACUUGUUCUACGCCAACGCAGACGACUGACACGUUGCUCGGUAGUCCGAACGUGAACGUUUCCCUAAAUGUGAACUGCUCCUUGGAUUUGGUACAGUCUCCGCAACAUCAAGCAAUACCAGGCAGCGGCGAUCGUCGCACCUCGCUCGUCCAAUUCACCCCGUCCCAACCGUGGUUGCAACAAGGGUUGCAACCGCCUUCCGCGGCCACGACCCCUCGCAGUUACACCAGCGUCAACUUCACCCUGCGUACCCCAACGUCCGCCCCCCAAGACCCGAUAGACAUAACCUCCCAGAACUCCAGCUUGACGUACUCCACGUCGAGUUUCGACUCGCAGAAGGGACUGCAGAGCAGGUUGCAGAUCACCGUGGGGCCUGCGGGAGGUGGAAGUGUCUCCUCGGUGAGGGUGAGACCGAGGAGUUUUCAUUUGCCGGAGGGAGAGAGAAGGGAGGUCGCGCCUGCCAGAGCGGAGUCCCUAGGCGAUCUGGCGGUCAACGUUGAAACUAAUGUGAUACUGAAACAGCAAGCGGGGCUCAACAGAUUAUACACCGAACUGAUCAAUGAAAAGGCGAAAUUGGAGCGACUUAAAGAGGACGUGGUAGAAAUGGAGAAUUUGAGACGAAAAAGGCUAGCUGAUAAAGAACUCGAGAAACAGCUGCUCAUGGAGAUCAGACAUCUGAGAUCGCAGUGUAAAUCUCUUCAACCAGAUGAUGGUCCGUUCUACAAUAACAUCUAUACCGGCCCUCGCGUAGUCUUUGAACCUUCACCUCCACGGCCUCGUCAGUUGCAUCCCGCCCAACAACAGCAGCUCCAUCUACCGAUGAACCGCCGAAGACUGCAGUACCAGCCCCCCGCUCCUCCACAGUCGGACUUCAACGAUGAGGAGGGGCCAAAAUGGAACUGCGCCGUUUGUACAUUCCUAAACCACCCCGACUUGAACCUGUGCGAGCAGUGCAGCAUGCCCAGGAUUCUACAUGUUUCCGCCGCACCAGGAGAUAAUAUCCACAUACAUGUUACGCCCAGAAUAACAAGACGUAUCACGCAUUCUUGGGUCCUAUAGCAGUGCAAGAGGCGGAUGACUAUCCUGAACGGCUAGAAUGUAUUUUAUAUUUCAUUCAUAGACGACUUUUAUCACAUUUGAAUAUAAAAUUGCUCACCGAACUAUUGUUUUAAGCAACAUAUUUAAAUCAAUUAAUGUAAAUAAUGGUACAAUUUGUAUCGAGAAUUAAGAAAAUUGCU